UGACUCAUUAACGGUAAUAACUACCUCCUCCCCUGCACCGGGAGAGAGAGGGAUUAAGAGAGGGGGAAGAACUCAAACGAACAAAAAAAAAAUUCAAUUAAACCCUCCUCCGAAUCAGAAUUCUCAAUACGAUUUCCUGCUAAGCCAAAGAAACCCAUUGCUCCUUCUCCUGAUCUAGGACUACCCAUUUUCUUGAAUUCGUAGAAUUAAUUCUCUCGAAGGAGGAACGAGAAAAGGAAAAAUGGAGGAACUGGAGUCAGGGGUUCUUGUGAAAUUCCUGCAACGAAUGAACGUCCAUGGCAAAAAGCUGCUACGGGAUCCAGAUCCCGUCCUGUUACAGAUCAGGAGCAUCAUCCCGGUGUUGAAAGACGGCGAAAUUUACCCCAAUCAGGGCUUCUUCCUCAAGAUUUCAGAUUUGACCCACGCCAUGUUCGUCUCGCUGCCGCAAGAACAGGACGAAAUGAUCCUCUGCAACAAAUUGCAUCUAGGUCAGUUCAUAUACGUGGAGAGGUUAGAGGCCGCGUAUCCUGUCCCGAUGAUCAAAGGCGUGAGGCCGAUUCCAGGGAGACAUCCUUGUGCUGGGCAUCCCAAAGAUCUCCUCCCCAGCGAGAACCUCGAGAAAUUUCUUGGGGUUUCCAAGUUAGAAUCCAUCGGAGAAUAUUGCGGCGGCGGCGGCGGUGGGAUCGAACAAUCGGACAAGGGGAAAACCCUAACGGCUCCCAGGGUGAGUGUAAACGAGAUGAGGGACAGAAUCAAGACCCUGAGCUGGACGAUUGAAGACAACGGCGUUGAGGCCGAGAAGCAGAAGAAGAAGGAGGCGUCGAGCAAGAAAUCGCGGCCGGCGGGCAGUGCUCCAAAGGGGAACGAGGUGAAGAAGAGCAAGAGCCUCUUGAAUUACAGGCCUAGAGGGAUGGAUGUGGAGAGCACUCUGAGUUUGAGAGGUAAGAAGAACGAGGAGAUGUGGUUGCGGAAGAACAAUCCUAACGUAUCGAGGAAUGCGGAUAGGGAUAGUGAUUGCGAGAGUACAUUGACGACGAGCACCGGAGCUGUGAGCAGGAAGAGCUGGAAUAAUGAUGUUGAAGUUGUGAGAAUGGUGGAUACUGCUGAUACUUGUAAUUCUUCAGUUCAAUUGUCAAUGAAUGAUAGCUCAGAUGACAAUUCGAGCUGCAAAACUAUGAGGAGAGUUGUUAGUAUGACUAUGAACAGGCCAUCGAAAUAUGUCAGCAAGAAUUUUGUGUCGGCACCAAGGCGAUUGAGUGAAGAUUUCUCAAGUCAGAAUGCGAUUUUGAGUUCCACAGUUGAUAAGCACACAGAUGAUAACAGGCCAUCCUGGGAUUAUCUUCCUUCCACCUUGGUAAAAAUCGGACAGGAUGUGCUCAUGCAGAGGGACCUAGCUCUUUCUACUGCAGUGGAGGCUUUACAAGAGGCUUCAGCUGCUGAGAGAUUGCUCAAAUGCCUGAGCAUAUAUUCGGAACUUCAAGCUGCUGAGGUUGGUGACCAGCAUCUAGCAAUCGACAAGUUCUUCAGGCUUCAAGAGGAUUUGACUCAGACGCAGCAGAUCUUCCGGUCACUAACAAAUGUCAUCCCGCCGAUAACACCACCACACGAUGAACACAACCCUCAUUUUGUGAUGGAAGGACACAAGCUGGCAUCAGACAGAAAGCAAAAUGCAGCAUCAUGGAUAAAAGAAGCUUUAGCAUCCGAUCUCACCCCAGUUUCAGCGCGCUUGGAGGCCAUCAACAACGGCAACCAAGAAGCCAGAAAGUCUAACAAAUCAAGCCACAAGAGUCACAAAGCCAAAGGCGGGAUAGUGGUUAUAAGGAAGCAAAAGAGUAGUAGUCCCAACAUGGUGUUUGAGAUGGCGCAACACGGGAGCAACCAACCAAGCUGGGUCAAGGGAAGUGCAUUGCCAGUUUCCAUGGAACUCGCCAGCUCGCUGAGCGAAGAAUGCAGGACUUGGUUCUUCACCUACGUUGAGGACUAUUUGGAAUGGGUUAGCAGAAGGAUCGUCUCUGCUGAGAGAUCGGAUGGGCAGGCAGCCGAAAUGAUGUACCAGAUCAAGAGAGUGAAUGAGUUCCUGGACAGAAGAUGUCUUCAGGAUGGAUCCAUGUUGAAAGAUUACGAAUCGGAAGCUUGCGGGAGGAUUAGGAACAAGAUUUGUGGGAUUCUACUCAAACAUGUGGAGAAAACUUCCCUGAACUCCAUGCCUGAAGGUUGGCAGUAAAGUAAGUGAGAUGGGUAAUGGCCAUAUCCUUUUGUAGGAAGGGUUUCAUAACCUGAAACAUGUAACUGGAGAAAUCCGUAUAUCAUGUUUCCUUGUAGAAGAUACUCUUUUGAACUCAUACCAGAAUUUUUCUCUUUUUUUCCAUUCUAAGUCCGAAAAAGAUCAUCUACGGAAUGAAUCAGUCCUCCUUCCUCCAGUAAGCUCGUCAAAAGUUUCAUUUCUCACAAAUAUUUGGUCAUUUUUUAAUUGCUUAAGUCUGGAUCAAUUUGGACUGGGCUUACACUUCUAGUUCAUUGACUGAUAGAUCUGGGCUUAAAAACCGUUAUGUCCUUUUCACGAUAAAUGUCACAUUUGGUCACUGGAAUUAGUAAAUUGUGUCAUGUUUAGU